UCAUUUUUGUGCCCCAAUAAUCGCCGCCAGUGUCGUUUAAACCGCCAUGAAUUUAGUGUAAUAUGCCUCGCGCGGUCCGAAUCGCACGAAUGUAACCAUACCCAAAUUGCGACGGCUGAAUUUGACUGGUUCCUUCCUCAAGUCGCGCCAGUAGUACUUGUAUCCAUCAGGACCGUCCAAGUUGAAUUUCUUUUUAACCAUAAGACGACCUGA